AGUACCUUCACAGAACCAGCGAUAGCUCAGCUAGGGCAUAGGCGCUUCGAAAAUCCUCUUAACCCUCCACAAGACUAUAGGUUAUAAUACCUACGUAUUCGCUCUACAUAUUUCUGAGCCACCGUUUUCUACGCCCAGCUUUUUAGUACCUAGUUGUUUGCAUGCUCCGACGCACAAAAGCUUCACACUCGUUCAAGCACUUGUUCCUUCUUUGUCAUCCAUGAAGCGAAUGUACACUGAUGGCUUGUCCGCCUUACAAGUGACACGUUCUCACUUUGCCAGUUUCUGGCUCGAAGGUCAUCUUCAAGCUAGAAACGACUGGCGUGCCCGCUGGAAACGUGGUGCCUUGUGGCUAUUUGCCAGCAUAUGGAUUACUACUCUACUUACGCUCCUUUCCAUGUGGGCGAGGAGUUCCGGGAAUCGAAAGAUUUGGUCAGGAAGUGCAUGUCAGCCUGAUGGAUCCUUUGCUCCUGAUCUUUCGACAUACCGAUACUGGACGAAGUGGAGCUUCUUUCAGGUUACAAUAGGAUUUGGCAACCUGACCUUCGCCCAAGCGAAGGCUGUUGACAUUAUUUGGGAUGUGUUCUUCGGUCGCGGAGGUCAAGCGCUGCUUGCAUUCAUCUCAUGGCGCGUUUUUGCCAACUAUGUCACAACAUCUAUGGAAGUCACCCCUGUUACGUUCGGAACUUAUCGAACUGUGUUUCUGCAAAAUGAGUCCCUCCUCGUUGCCACUCCCCGUAUAGUUAGAGAUUUUACGCGUCGCCACGGCCUACACUCGAAGACGGCAAUGGUGUUCAUUGUUAUGACCAUGGCUUUCAUUUUGGUGUUCCCAACCUUUGGCAGUGCCAUGACUGGUUACAGUGGAAAUGUUAAGGCUUAUGUGGCUGCUACAGACACUCAACUCAUUGCUUUUGAAGACUUCCGUUUUGCCCUGUAUACCAUUCAUGACGGGUGGAGGAUUGGAAAAGGCGGCAACUAUGUUGUAAUAAGCCCCACCAUUCAUAGUGACCCAAUCCUUACAGACGAUGAUGAGAACACCCACAAUUACUGUAGAGACAAUCUUCUAAGAAUUGAAGAUUGCUAUGUGAUGGGGAAUGUCACUAGCUACGUACAAACGCAUGAUUUCUUUGGCAUCAAGAACGAACCUUCUGUUUUUAUGGACAUCAAGAUACCACCUCCCACCCUUAAUAUAUCAGCCUUAUAUAUACCAUAUUCUCCCAAAGAUCGCGACAGAUAUGAAUCACGAUUUGGCCAAAAGCUGAGGAUGACAUGGACAUAUUCAAACAAGACAUACCCCUUGGACUUCGUCAGGGAGCAUGGGAGCUGCCAGGCUUUGCUGGAUUACAAAUGGGGUUUCUCGUUCAUUCAACUAUUUUUCAUGACGGUUUUCUUGAUAGUCUGGUCCUUGGGCAUAUACAUCAUAUGGCUUCGUUCCCACAUCAUCAUGAAAAAGCGAGGCCUACAAGACGUGGCGGGCGAAUUUAAAGCCGUCUUUGAACUUGCAGAUGCUAUGCGAUCACGAUUAGAAGAAUACGGAAAAGAGGAAGGGGUUGACUUAUCCACACUUCCGGAGUUCAAACUACGCCACCGCAUCACGAAAGACUUGCGUGGCGGAGCCAUUUCGUAUGAAACGUCCCUUCUAUCAACUGGAGAGGACGGAAAAGGUGAUUCUGGAUGGGGAUUCAAACUUUGGGUGAAGAGAGAGAAGUGGUGGCUUACUACCUUCCUCGUAUUUUUUGGUGCGAUCAUGGCAGGUAUAUAUUUACGUCGGGGAGGCGGCGCCAUCAAACCAGUGUUCGCCUUCGUGCAUCUCUGGCAUCCCCUGGAAAUUACAAUUGCAAUGUACAUUGGGUCGACGCAUAAGAGUCGGGGAGUUAUACUUCUCUGGUCAUUCGUUGUUCUGACUAUCGUACCUCUAGUCAUAGUCAGCAUCCAUUCUGCGGUUCUCAUGCAGAAACACAAGAAUUAA